CUCUCGCGCUUGCGCUGUGUAAAAUCUUGCAAGAAGGCGAGAAGGAAGAGGCAGGGUUGGCGGCAGGAGCAGCAGCAGGAGCGGAAGGGCCGGGAAGCGGCCGUUCACAGGACGGUGGUCGGCCGUCGGGAAGAUGAGCGCCACCAAGGAGUCCAAACCCGAGCACGGCCACGGCGUGAAGCGGGCGGCCUCCCCUGAUCUUGGAGCUGGUAGCUGGGAGGCAGCUGACUUGGGUAAUGAAGAAAGGAAACAAAAGUUCUUGAGGUUGAUGGGUGCUGGAAAGAAAGAACACACCGGACGCCUUGUUAUUGGAGACCAUCGAUCAACUUCUCAUUUUAGAACAGGGGAAGAAGAUAAGAAAAUGAAUGAUGAGCUGGAGACUCAGUUUCAGCAGAGUAUGGAUAGCACCAUGUCAGGAAGGAACCGACGGCAUUGUGGGCUUGGUUUCAGUGAGCUGGACGAGGAUAAAGAAGAAGCACCAGAGGAGGAGGUGCAAGAUUCCUCGGGGUCAGAAAGUUCAGAAGACUCUGAAAGCGAUUCUGACUCUGAGCAAGACGAAGUUGCCGAAGACCCACCAUCUGCUGAAAAACACAGCAACUCGGAAGACCCACAAGCCAAGAAAGAUACAAAGAGUGGCUAUAAAAUGAUGUUUGUUAAAUCCAGCGGCACUUAGCUGCAGAGUGUAGGCAGAGUAAGCCUUCUGGUUACAGUGCAAAGUCUUGGACUGCUUACAGCACAGAUCUUCCCUUGGUGGUUUUAAUAAGGCCUUUUAGAGAAAGAGGAGUGUUUGCAUUUGCAGCACCACACCAAGAAGCUAUUUUUCUCAGCAUGACUGCCCAUUUUGUUUUGUAAGAUAUGAAAAUAAAAUUGAGUGGGGGAUGUACGUAGUUCUCAACCUGCCUUUAGAUUCUUCUUCUCUCUUCGUAUUCCAUGAAGGCUAUUGAAUUUUUCUUAAGUUUGUUAAAUGACCUAUUGAAAUGGUAUUUAAUGUCUUUACAGGUGCUUUAUUUUUUAAAGCAGUUUUUGCUGGGGUUUUGGAUGGUAUAAUUAUUAAAAAGUAAGAACGGGA